UCCAGACGCAAUGCAUCAUGCAAUGAUAUGAAGUAUGAAAUCAGAAUUCCUGACGAAACAAAAAAAGACUAAACAUCAGAAAAUUAAAAAAAAAUGUCAAGAAAAGUUAAAUUUACUAGAUGUAAGAUACCAACAACAAUGAAUUUUUCCUUCAUAAGUGACAGUAAAUUAUCUUGGAAUCGCUGAACCCAAAGUUAUAUCAUAAAGAUUGCAGUUCUCAACACAAGAAUAUUAUUUUUCUCGAAGAAGCUUUAAGAACUUUACUCGAUACAAAGUGAAAAUUCGUGAAGACAACUUAUCUGAUUCCUUAAACACUUUCCAGAAUGAAAUUAUUAUCAGCAAGGCAUAUCCGCAUUAUCAAAACUUUGAACUUGUAUGCCUGUUUCAUUGUUUUGGGGUUAUGUAUUGCCAUUACCGGUCCAACAUUGAUCGAUCUGACACACAUUGUAAAUACCGACAUAAAAACCAUAGCUUUCAUUUAUGCUGCCAGAUCAAGUGGAUAUAUUGGGGGAUCGUUUAUAGGUGGUAUCAUCUUUGACAUGUUUUCUAGAAAGCAGUUUAUUUUAACAAUUGGGCAACUUAUUACCUCCAUAACUAUGUUUGGAGUUCCAUGGAGCAGAGAAAUUAAAACUCUUACCAUAUGGAUGGUAGUAAAUGGCUUCACGUUAGGAGCAUUAGACACAGGUAGUCUUAGUCUAAUCCAGUUUAAGUCUUUAGUCUUUAACCUUUUUUUUACGGUGUAUCAGUCUUUUUAAUACUUUAAGAACUAUAUCAAUUGUUGUACUAUUGAAAAUCUCUCUUGGGUUGCUAUUAAUGAUUGAGGUGAAUAGUGACAAUUUUAUUAUUAUUAAACAAGGAUUGAAGGGAAUGAGGUAAUAUUGUGAAAAGUCACACUUUUUCAAAGGUGACAUUUGUAUUACAAAGUGUUCCUUAGUACUGUUUACAGAUAGGCUCGUUUCAACUUUUCGGAAUUUCCACCAGAUAAGAGUACUGUACAAAUAAAGGAUCGAGUACAUUGGAAAUAAUUGUAAACUAUUUUAAAUAAUAAGUAUGUGACUAUUUAAAUGACGUAAAUGCCUCUCUAAGAUGGCUUGAUCAUGUAUGCAGACAUGAAAAGGAAAACACUGUGAAGAAAAUAACAUUCCAAUUGCAUGAGAGAAGUGGCUGGACAAUGUAAUAAAGUAAUUGAAGAGCGUUAGUGCAAUGUCAGUGUAUGGAAACUUACUGAUUCUUUGGUUAUGAAUAGGCU